GAGCUGGUUUUCCAUCUACCCCAGUCAGCAAGAGCCCCAUGGUGGAGCAAGCUGUCCAGACUAGUUCUGCUGAUAACUUGAAUGCUAAGAAACUGUUACCCAGCAAGGUUACCUCGGGGACACAGCUCAAUGGUCGCCAGGCUCAGCCAAGCAGCAAGACUGCCAGCGAUGUAGUCCAGCCGACACCUGUGCACACCCAAGGGCAGGUGAAUGACGAGAACAGAAGACCUCCACGGAGGCGGUCAGGCAAUCGGCGAACAAGAAAUCGUUCCAGAGGGCAAAACCGUCCAACUAAUGUUAAGGAAAACACAAUCAAGUUUGAAGGUGACUUUGAUUUUGAGAGUGCAAAUGCCCAGUUCAACCGAGAAGAGCUUGAUAAAGAAUUUAAGAAGAAAUUGAAUUUUAAAGAUGACAAGGCUGAGAAAGGGGAAGAGAAGGACCCAGCAGUGAUGACCCAGAGUGAAGAGACUCCUGCUGAGGAAGAUCUUCUGGGGCCCAACUGUUACUAUGACAAGUCCAAGUCCUUCUUUGACAACAUUUCUUCUGAACUCAAAACAAGUUCUAGGCGGACGACAUGGGCUGAAGAGAGAAAGCUGAACACUGAGACCUUUGGGGUGUCUGGGAGGUUCCUUCGUGGCCGCAGUUCACGUGGUGGAUUCCGAGGAGGUAGAGGCAAUGGGACAACACGGCGCAACCCCACUUCCCACCGAGCUGGGACUGGCCGGGUGUAAGGGUGCAGUACACGGUUCUGAAGAUAAGGACACAAGGAUCUUGUUUACCAAGUCUGGACACCCUCAUACUACUUGGCUUUGGACUCAACCUAAACUUGGAUGUGGUCUGAUUAGAACCACUUGUUUUGGGGGAAGUAUUUGUAGGUGAUCUCCUGAAGGUAUCUUGACCUACAUUUUCUUCUUGGUUGCACACAGCCGAAUUGUAAGGUUUUGGUAUUUUGCAAAAAGGUUUCUAUAGGCAAAGGCUCAGUCCUCACUUUGUAAUUUUUUUUUUUUUUUUUAAACGACAGCUUUGACUCUUAAAACGGAACCAAAUUUUAUUUGGCACGUGUGGUGUCCAAAUGUGUCUCUGCAACCCAUCUGGCCCCUGGUGCUGCUGGCCUGGUACCCCAUCUGCUAACAGUGGGAAGUCUCAGGAUCCAGGCAGGGCCAGCACAGGGUGAACCAGUCAUAGGAUAGGGGUGGGAGGGUCAAGGGCAGGGAGGGGGUGGUGUUCCAUGGAUCAUGUUGUGUAAUGAACAAGUGAUGUUCAGGGUUCGAGGCUGACAGAGGAGGAGUACAGUAGGAAGGGCCCCCUGAGUGUCAUGUAGAGCCUGGCUUCCACAGGUACUGAGGCUUAGUGUCGAAGUCCAAGACAAGCCAAUAUGGUGUGACCAACCUUCCUGUCCUUGUCGCCUCUAGCCCAGGUCAGUCAUUGUUAGACUCUGGCUGCACUUAAGUGUUCUCAUCUACUUUGAAAUGAGCCAGUUUUUUUUUUUUUCCCCCUUCUUUCUAAGGUCACUGGCCUUAUUUCCUCGUUUGUAAAUAGUUGUUGUGUGUUUAUUUUAAAGGUGAUGGAGGGAGGGUGGGAACAUAAACUUUGUUGCAUGAGUAAAUGGGUCAGAUUUUUCUGUAUGAGCAUGCAUCCUCUGACUGACAGGGCAUUUUGUUGAAAACAAGCACCUUGAUAACCAAAACCCCUUCAAAUAGCUACAAAGCUUUAGUUCUGUGUUGAUGAAGUCGCAUUGCAAAAGCUUGGGUUUAUUUUUGUAGGACUUCAUAGCUGAGAAUAGAACACAGCACUGGGGCUACUGUUGGGGUAAUGCAAACUAAAUAAACAUUCAAACCUUCAAAUGCUGCCUCCAUCACCUGUGUCACGUCCAAGGCCUACUCAGAAGCAGGUUCUAGUCAGACCUACAGCAUACCUCCGCUAGUUAAGGGUGUGGAGGUACUUACAAGGUACCAUAUGAUAUGCCAGAAAGUGACCUGAUGACCAUAGAUGAAGUAGGCUUGCUCGUUCUCACUGGGCUAUCUUGCUAGGGUGAACACCCUAGUCUAGUAUGAAUGAAAACUGCUAUAGCUACAAAGCACUUUGCUUUGCCGUAACUGUUCCCCAAGUAUUGAAGGCAGUCCUCCAGAGCAGAUACAUGGUCAAUGGAUUGGAUGGCACUCUUGGUUUGUGUCAGGUUAGAGGAGCAGCCUGCAGGAGGCAGGCAGCCUUGGGAUUAUCAAUGAUGUAUUCCUGCCCUUGACUAAUAAAGACUUAUGCAAUAAAAACUUA